CCUGGCUCCCAUUGCCCCUCCUUUUUUCUUCCCGUCCUCCACGCUCGCGCCGCUUGCUGGGCUCUGGCGGGCGAGUGUUUGGUAGGGAAAGGAAGUCGUAGAGAGACAUAUGGCGGAGAUGGAAGUCCGGAUAUGGUGGAUAUCAAGAUGAAUCUGGACGGUGGUGGGGGCCUUUCCUCAAGGCAGGAGUCGUCUCUGGAGCGAGACCUGGAGGGGGAUCCAGAAGGUGGCGACUUGGGUGGCUGUGGUGCGGCCAAGUCAUGUGCAGCAGGGGGGGAAGACGGGAGUCAUCUCUUUGGCGAAGAGGAUGAAGGGGCACCUGCCACGCGCUCGCCGGCGCGGAGCAAUCCCGCUGCCCGUUACGCACCGGAAGAUUCUCCUUUUUUCAAAUACGCGUGCUCUCUCUCUCCUAUCAAACUCUCAAAGACUGUGCAUAUUCAGACGUACAACGAGUUAUGUCCAAGGUACUCUCCUCCUCCUACCGUUUUCAAGUCACCUUGUUCGCGGUUCGCGAGGCAAUGGCGCACGUCGGAUGUGGAGCAGAGAGGAGGAGGAGGACCAGGAGCAGCCGCAGGAGUAGGAGCAGGAGUAGGAGCAGGAGGAGGAGCAGGAGGAGGAAACGUCGAUGGGGGUCGAUUGGUCGCAGGCGGCGGUAUGGUAAUGACCACCAUGGGGAGCUUUACUCCUGCCAUUGCUACGGGUAGCUUUGUACCUCCUUGUGCAACGGUCAUGCCGACUACAACAGCUGCUGAAAUGCAAAUACCGAUAUUGGUUGGAGGAGGAGGAGGAGGAGGAGGAGGAGGAGGAGUGAAGCUGGCGUUGGGAGCAGUACGGUCAUCGAACGGAUCAGCGAUGGCUACACCCAGUGCAUCAACGGUGGCUAUGGCAGGCGGUGGCUCCGCUGCGCCAGGAAAUGCUGUCAAGAUUUCCUCCACUUGUUCAUCGUCAGAGAUAGUGAUGAAGCGGGAAAAAUGCGUGCUUUUGGACGCUUCCCACGUGUCAGUUUCCGCUGUGACCGCAGCUACAGAUAUGAGGGGAGCAGAGGAGGAUGCGUGUACCAGCGUGUCGGAGGGGAGAGUGGGUUCGUCUACCGGGUUUUCCGGCUCGGACGUUAGCGCCACGUCGGACGAACGCUCGUCAUCGUUGCUGAGGGCAGGUGGGUUACGGGAAGCAGCAGCUGGCCCUAUGUGUCGACCGCUGACUUUGGCCUUUCAGCCACUUCCUGCUCAAACCGCGGAGGUUGCAGCGCGGGAAAGUGACAAAGCGGAUGUCCACUCUGUCAUGGACGAAGGAGCCACCGCGACAACUGCUGCUGCGAUUGCUGCGGCAUCCGCUGAUGCGUCUGGUGGGGCAUCUGCGGCGGCGGGUAUUGCAGCUACCGUAAACUUGCCACCUUGGUUCUCAAAUAACGUGGUUUUGACUGGGCUUUCUAUUACGAAAUCAAUGAAGAAUCACGACGAUAGCUCACGAGGGUUCCGCCGCCGUCGAUGCUUGGAUUUCGAGCCAGGCGCUGGUCAGAAGCGGGGAGCAUUAGCUGCAGGCGAGGUAGUAGUUGGAGAAAGAGGGGGAGAAGAGAGGGCAGAAGAGAGGGGAGAGAGAGAAGGAGAAAAGGGAGGAGAAAGAGAAGAAACGGUAGAAGUAGGAGGAAGAGUAGCAGUAGGAGGAGCAGAAGGAGGAGGAGAAGGCGAAGAAGUCAAGGUCAAACGGGAGUGUGAGAGCAGUGCAGAGGAGCCGGAGGGGGAUGUCAAGUUCGUCCGACCUUCGGUUGUGACACCAGGUGGCAGAUCGAUGGAGCUCGGGACAGUAGAGGAAGUUUCUGGGGGCAGCAAUGCUGCCCCUACAGCGAUGAGGAGGACGGGAGAGGAAGAGAUGGUCUCCACCUCCCCGUUGAAGACGGCUUCGGCUAUGGAAGCGACCUCUGCUCUUGACGCGUCUGAUGCUGUAUCCACAGUCAUGGUGUGUGACAAGACCCCUCCCGUCGCGCAGGUAAGCGUUCCUCGCGUGACAGCAGGCGCAGGCGGAGAAGGCUGUGGGGAAGGGGCCAAAAGACUCGGAAGAGGAGAUGGUGGCCGUGGCUCUUACCUCGACGCUGGCAGACCGCCGGGAGCUCUUCCCAUCGCCAGUAGCGCAUCAGCCGCUGACGCCGCCGCUCAUUUUGUAACUAGCGGAGAUUUAGCACAGAGAGGAGGUGGAGGUGGAGGUGGUGCGGAAGGAGCAUAUGGUAGAUGUAACGAAGCUAGUACGGUGGAAAGUGGAAGUAUGCGGAUCCCUCUGAGCCCUGUGGGGCUAGCAAAUCUACAACAAGGCGUCAAUGAUGGGAGCGGGAUUAGGUGGGGGGGGAAGGGGGGGUUGGUGGAUCUCUGCAAUAAGAAAGUGAACACGUUCUCCCCAGCCAUCCAAUCACACUACCGUAAGACGGUGGCGGGUGAAGGGGAGGGCGAGUCGACUACCCUUGGUAGCAGCGGAUGUUCCGAAUCACAAGGUGAGGUAAUGGUGGACGGUGGUGGCUUUCAGCAGCCAUGUCUGGCUUCUUCUGCGGUGAGAGAAGCACUGUCGUCAGGAGCUGUGGCGGGAAAUAGGGUCAGCAUGCAGGAGAAAGCAAUGUCGAUCGAGAAGGAAAGGGAAGAGAGGAAAACAACAGCAGUGCAAAAGAAAACCGAGAAGAAGGGUGGGGCGAAUGCAAAUGUCAAGUCUUCAUGCAUUAAGAGAGCAGCGGAGGACAGGCUGAUGGGGGGCAAAAGGAGUGGAGGAGGGGGAGGAGGAGCGGCAAGUGGAGGAUGCGAAGAAUUGAUGGGUGGUGGAGGAGGACUUAACAGGGGUGGCGGCAUUACGUGGGCCCGAGCCCCGACUUGGGGACCUCAGUCGGCGAUUCGUCUGGUCCGGAGCGAUCCGGUUUCGGCCGGAGAACUGUCCUUGGCAGCCGAGAAUCAAGGUUCAGUAAGCGGGCCUGUGCAAUUAUGGGACUACGACUUUUAUCACCAUCAUAUCCAGCAGCAGCAACAUAAUCAUCAUCAUCAACAACAACAACAACAACUACAACAACAGCACCAACAACACCGACACCAACAACAGCAGCAUCAGCAACAGCGGCGGCGACUGCUGCCUAGAGUGGAGGGCCCGGACCUACAACAGAUAGGCGAGCGAUCGGCGGAUGCGUCAGAAAGUGAAGGGGCUGGGAGACUUCCGAUCUUGAAGAGGAGGAAAUCAUCUGGAUCGUCGGGUAUUACUGGCGAGGAGGGUACGCCAUCCUCCUCUUGCAAGCGCUGUAACUGCAAGAAGUCCAAAUGCUUAAAGCUUUACUGCGACUGCUUUGCUGCAGGGUCUUACUGCGCGGCCAGCUGUUGUUGCCAAAACUGUCUGAAUCUUCCCGAGUACGAGGAGAUCAUUCAGGAUACGAGAGCAGGGAUCGAGGCGAGGGAUCCUCUGGCGUUCACUCCCAAGAUCAUAAUGGCAGGAGGAACCGGAGGGGGGGGAGGGGGAAGCGCUGGGGGGGCAACAGCAGCAGCAGCAGCCUUGUCGGCACCAGGGGGAGGGGGAGGGGGAGGGGGAGGAGGAGGAGGAAUGGCAGACGCAGGAAGGGGGGAGGGGGAUAACCCCGCAGCGGCGCAAGAGGAGGAAUUUGUAGAAUCUUCCGCCUCCGCAAGACACAAGCGUGGGUGUAAUUGUAGAAGGUCCCAUUGUCUGAAAAAAUACUGCGAGUGCUAUCAGGCAGAGGUGCCCUGCUCGGUCUCGUGUAAGUGUUCGGGGUGUGGGAACCCCUUUGGGACUAAGGUCGGGGUCGGGGGAAAAGAACAGGGGGCAGAGGAGCGGGAAGACGCGAAAGCCGCGGCGGUGGGGGCCGGGUUGGUCGUGGCGGAAAUUGAAACUACUGAGAGAAGUGUGAACGGUGCUGCUGUUGUCGUUGCCAGUGGCAGGAGAUCUGCUAUUGGAGGGAUGGAAUUUCGCAAGCAGCAGCAGCAGCAGCAACAUCAUUUCGUUGGCCAGUCAGGGGUACUGCCAUCGCCAAUGUCCUUAGUUGGGGAAAGCGGGGGGGGGGGAUCAGCGGCAGUGGCAGGGGCAAUCGCGCCGGUUGGCGGGGGGGGGAACCGGAUACCGAUCUUGUUCUCGCCUGGAAGUUUUGCGACGUCAGGGUCCGCGGAAAUUGGCUCGCAUUCGUGGACGUCCAAUCCGCACUUUGACUUUCCGGCGUCCUCACCUGGAGGUGGUGGGCUGUUGACGCCAACCAGUGCGCUUGCUAGCGCUCAGGCGCAGCCGUCGCUCCUGGGGGCCGGUAUGAGCGGCGUCGGCGGAGAUCCCGCGGGCUGUCAGCUGGCAAUGUCAGCAACGUCUGUUGACGGGGAAAGGCGGGAGUCGCUGUCAUCCUCCAUUUCCGGAGGUUUGGCGAUAGCGGCAGGAGGAGCAGUUGUAGGAGGGGAAGGAGGAGGAGGCGGCGGAGUAGGAGAAGGAGGGCAAGGAGGUGAUACCAAGCAGAUCGGGGUUGGAGAAGACGGGGCAGGUUCAGGGCUCUGCUCCGUACCAGUCGCCCCCUGCUCGGUCGGGAUCUCUCAAACGGUCUCGAUUUUGCCCCCGACCGUCGCAUACCAAGGUCUCCUUCCUAGAUGACGCCUGGACAUCUCGGAGGGAGUUCGACCCCAU